AUGGUGAAGGAAACCGGAUAUUAUGAUGUUCUCGGUGUGAAGCCAGACGCGUCCGACAGCGAGCUGAAGAAGGCCUACCGAAAAAUGGCGCUGAAAUUCCAUCCAGACAAAAAUCCGGACGGUGCCGAGCAAUUCAAGCAAAUCUCACAGGCCUACGAAGUGCUGUCAGACGAAAAGAAGCGUAAAAUCUACGAUCAAGGUGGAGAGGAAGCGCUUCAAGGCGGUGGUGGUGGCGGAGAAGGUUUCCACAAUCCAUUUGAUGUCUUCGAUAUGUUCUUUGGUGGUGGUGGUGGAAGACGGGGUGAACGACGUGUCAAGCCUACGGUUCACAAUUUACGGGUCUCUUUGGAUGCUUUGUACAAAGGAUGCACAAAAAAACUGAAAAUCUCGAGAACAGCCACCUGCAAGCAGUGUAACGGACGUGGAGGAGCAGAAGGCGCCGCGAAAACGUGUGCUGACUGUAAUGGACGUGGAAUGAAGAUCCGAAUGAUUAGAAUGGGUCCAAUGGUUCAACAAAUGCAAUCACACUGUGAAAGUUGUAACGGAGAAGGAGAGACUAUCGACCAUAAAGAUCGCUGUAAGAAGUGCAAUGGAAAGAAGCAGGUAAAAGAAGACGAGAUAAUUGAAGUUGGAAUCACACCUGGAAUGCGUGACGGUGAAAAGUUUGUGUUCGAAGGAAAAGGAGACGAAGUUGUCGGUAUUGACAAACCUGGAGAUUUUGUAGUUGUACUUGAUGAGAUUGAGCACGGAACAUUUGUCAGAAAAGGAGAUAAUCUAAUCGUUCAACACAAUAUCGACCUCUCUGAAGCACUCUGCGGAUUCGUUCGAACAAUCACCACCCUCGACGGACGUCACAUCUUCUAUCGUGUUCUGCCUGGAGAGGUUAUCGCUCAUGCUGAUGUUAAGGUUAUUCAUAACGAAGGAAUGCCAAUGAAACGAGCACCAUCCGAUAAAGGAGAUCUCCUCGUUCAGUUUGAUGUCAAAUUCCCUGAUAAGAUUAGUCCGGAUGCGGCGAAGAAGUUGGCCGAUUUGUUGCCAGGAAAAAGAGAAGAAAUCAUAGACGAAGACGCCGAAGUUGUCGAGCUGACCGAGUUGGAUCCACGAGCCUCUCGUCGGAAUUUCGGAGAACGCGAAGAGUUCGAAGGACACCAUGGCGGUGGAUUCGGUGGACACGCUCACGGACCAGGAGGAGUGCAAUGUCAGCAGUCUUGA